CUGCAGCCAGAGAUGCUGUCGGGCCGCCGAGGCGCUUGGCAGCCGAGAACCCCACAUUAAGGGCACCGAGGUGGAGGGGCACUGCCUAGCCGGCAGGCAGAGUGGACACUGAGGCCAGAAGAGUUGGAUGACACAGACCACUGAAUCUGCUGGGCGUCCCCGUUAUGAACCCUUUGUGGAGCACGUCUGCAGGUCCUGUGCGCAAACGAUCUGAUGGGGAUGAGAAAACAUUAACAACAGGUGAUGUGAAAACUAGUCCUCCACGAAGUGCACCAAAUAAACAGCUGCCUUCUGUUCCCAAAAAUGCUUUGCCCAUCACGAAGCCUACAUCUCCUGCCCCGGCAGUACAGUCAACAAAUAGCACACAUGCAUCUUACGGACCCUUUUACCUGGAGUACUCACUUCUUGCAGAAUUUACCCUGGUUGUGAAGCAGAAGUUGCCAGGUGUCUAUAUACAGCCAUCUUACCGCUCUGCAUUAAUGUGGUUUGGAGUAAUAUUCAUACGGCACGGGCUGUAUCAGGAUGGCGUGUUCAAGUUUACAGUUUAUAUCCCUGAUAACUAUCCAGAUGGUGACUGUCCACGCUUGGUGUUUGAUAUUCCCGUCUUUCACCCGCUAGUUGAUCCCACCUCAGGUGAACUGGAUGUGAAGAGAGCAUUUGCAAAGUGGAGGCGGAACCAUAACCAUAUGUGGCAAGUUUUAAUGUACGCAAGGAGAGUUUUCUACAAGAUCGACACAACGAGCCCCCUAAACCCAGAAGCUGCAGUACUGUAUGAAAAAGAUGUUCAGCUUUUUGAAAGUAAAGUGGUUGACAGUGUUAAAGUAUGUACUGCUCGUUUGUUUGACCAGCCGAAAAUAGAAGAUCCCUACGCAAUUAGCUUUUCUCCAUGGAACCCUACUGUGCAUGAUGAAGCCAGAGAGAAGAUGCUGACUCAGAAAAAGCCUGACGAACAGCACAAUAAGAGUGUUCAUGUUGCUGGCCUUUCAUGGGUAAAGCCUGGCUCAGUACAACCUUUCAGUAAAGAAGAGAAGACAGCAACAACUUAAGAGACGGCAAAUCUGGUGCACCGCGCACUUUCCUGCUGGACUCUGGCCUAGUUCAAGCUGACUAAUGGCGAAGGACUGCCUGAAGAGUAAAUGCGUAACAGUGACUGUUCUCGGCGUUGUCCGUGGAUUCGUAGGUUCUAACAGCAGGGUACGGAAGGCCCUCAUUAAG